GAACGCGUAAAAAUGAUUUCGUGUCCUUUUAACCUUUUACCUGGCACUCCGGUGCGAUUGCGAGCUCGUAACUCCCGCGACUGCCAGAGAUUUCAACGACGACAUCAGACUGGGCUAGCAGUAACGAUAACGCUCUAAGGGUUGCGUUUCUUCGCCAGAGCAUUAGGGGUAGUUAACCAAAAUGAUAACCAAUGGCAAGGCGGCAACCCUGUACUAAAGAAGCGAGACAACUGGCUUAUGGUAGCCUGCUUUCUACACGGCUAACAGUAAACAAAAUGGCUAACGGGACAACGGAAGUCGGUGAGUAAGCAAGAUGGCAUGAUGCUGUGUGGCUAAAGCAACUGAUUAAAUAACGGUUAAAUGGCAGCGGCCAUUGCGAAAGUUUCCUUUUUGUAGCUAUAUGUUUUUUUUCAUUUAUUUUUUUUUUUUAGAGAUUUCCUCUGCUGACGCUGGCGUCGACGUGGGCGCUAAACUGUCCCGUUUACAGCAACAAAUCCGCGUAAUUCACUUGCCUUGUGUAUGUGUUUGUUUGUAUAUGUGUGUGUGUGUGUGCGUGUGAGGGGGUGAAUCCUGGCGAUGUUCGCUAAAAGGAUUAAUAAACGUUCGACGUUUCGCAUUUCAGUUGUUCAUUUGACUCGGCGCUUAGCGGUUCAGUUACAGUUGCCGUUACUUUCUGUCUGUCUGUGUGUAUGUGUGUUCGUCCUGAAAAAUUUGAUUACGCGUAGAACAGAUCCUGGAUUCGAAGGAUAAUCACUAAAUUUACAUAUGUACCACUGCCGACGGCUAAAUGCAUAGGGAUAAAAAAAAGGAUAAUCAUUUAAAAACUUAAAAGAAAAACAAAACAGAUCUUUAAAAGAAUACCGAAAUUAUAGAUUUUUGUUAAUGUUAAUUCUCAGUUUCAAGUGCAAAAAUGUUAAAAAUUGACCAUUUACAUCAAAGCCUGGUCUAAAAUCAUCUGCAAAUCACAUUUAGGGAUAUUUUUACUACAAGGACUGCAGAUCUCUAUUAAGAUGCAGAGUUCGAAAUCAUUUUUAAUACGUGAUCUCCUUGGGGAUUUGAUCAAUCGACGGCAAACAGAUUCGGAACUAGAGUUAUCCAACGACGACUCCGAUAUAGACAUUGAAGAUCGCUCCACACCAGACUCAACGGCACCGGGUUGCCAGCAGGAUCUUCUGCUAUCCCAUCAUCAUCGCAGAUUCACCCACCACGACGACUCUAGUGUUGAGUCCUGCUUAUCGGCCACCCGUGGACCAGGAUCCGGAUCUGGAUCGGCAGGAGGUAGCGGUGGUGGUGGAGUUCCCAGUGGCCUGAGCGCAGCUGCCGCGGCGGCCGGAGUGGCCGCUGGCCUUUUGGCAGCAGCGGCCAGUGGUGCCAGCGGCGAUCGAGAUCCAAAUGGAGGCAGUGGUCCCGGAUCGGGCGGUGGGGGAAGUGGCGGCUAUGCGGAGCACAAGCUGCAGCUGAGUAAAAGUGGCCGGAAGCCGAGACGUCGCCGAACAGCCUUCACACACGCCCAGCUUGCGUAUUUGGAGCGAAAGUUCCGCUGCCAGAAGUACCUGAGCGUUGCCGAUCGCAGUGAUGUGGCUGAAACGCUCAAUUUGUCCGAGACGCAGGUGAAAACCUGGUAUCAGAACCGGAGGACCAAAUGGAAGCGACAGAAUCAACUGCGUCUGGAGCAGCUACGUCAUCAGGCGACCAUGGAAAAAGACUUUGUCGUGCAGGAUGGCGGCGGUGCAGGCGGACUGGGCUGUUGUCCUAGCGGCCUGAGCAGUUCUUUUAGUGCCGCUGCUGCUGCUGCAGCGGCUGCCAGCAAUCCGUGCAAUUUUCUCACAUCCGCCGCAGCGGCAGCCAUUUUCCGAAACGUUGGAUACGUCCAUGGAUGUCCAAUGUAGGAGUCAUGCCUAUCAAGAAGAAACCACAACACCACCUUCCAAUCCUCCAAUACUCCCAGUUGCCUAUGUACAUAAUGCGUAUAAAGAUAACAGUUUCUGUGCAAUAACCGAUCGGGAUGAAUUAUUGAAAUGACAGCGAUGUGCUCAUAUUUACCAAGCAUUACCCGAUAUUAUUAUUAUACGUACUAAAAAGAUAUAAUCAUAAACUAAGCUUAGUCGAAUUAACUGUAAAAUACAACAACCAAACGAUUUUUUUUCUUCGCACUCUAUGAACGUUUUUUUUUGGCCAGAAU